AAGCAACACAGUGCCAUAACCGUAGUUAAUUCAAACGCGAAGGGCAUUUUAGCCAAAUCAAAUAUUCGGACGAUGCUUGUGGAGCUUUCUCCCCGUCUCAUGAUCUCAUCCCCGGAGCCUCCAUUAAUGGCAACGUAGAGGGGAGCUGACACAGUCGCCUUCCAUGUGCAAGCUUUGAAUGCCUUCUAUAACUCCCCCAAUCAAAGCCCAUCCGCUAAAAUUUCUUCCCAUUUUUCCUCAGAAUUUUCACGGACUCUCGUUCCUCAGCGGCUCAAACCCUUUAAUUUGGAGCAGAUCUCUGCGUUUCUUUGCGGUCCUUUUCUCUUUUUCUUUCUGGGUUUUCUUUCAAUUUUGUUGCUUUUCAUGUCGCCAUCCUCUAUCUUGCUUAAAACCACGGGAGGAGUUACUCCGUCGUCAAGUGGUAAACUUGUCCUUUUCAUGAGUUCAUCUGGUCUCAGGAGUUAAUUCAUCAUUUUUUCUGGUAAUUCUUUUGCAUUUCCUUAAACUUGACCGUUUUCUUUAAAGCUUGCUCUUUUCUUGUCAUUUUUACUGCGUUUGCUUGAUGGGUUUGUUGAUUUGGCUUCAGAGUUCUGCUCAUGUGGUGAAAAAGCAAGGAGAUUUUGUGGGCACUUGUGAAUUUUGAGUUCUGGCUAGUGUUUCUGCUUCAUUUGCUUAUAGUAGAGAAACCCAACUAGAGAGGUUGAAGGAUUUGAGUGGACUCGUUCUCUACUUCUCUUCGAUGUCGCAAUCUAUCGCAGUUCUUGCGUUCGUUAUAAGUUGCCUUCUCCUAAUUCAAAGCACCCAACAGUUAACAUUAUCAGAAACACAAGUUUUGUUUCAGAUAAGGAAGCAAUUAGAGUACCCAAGACAAUUGGAAGCCUGGAACGACACCCAUUUAGACUUUUGCUCCGCUCCCACCUCACCAUUUCUAAUGAUCACCUGCGAAGGAAAUUCCGUUACCGAGCUCAAAAUUGUGGGUGAUAAGAUUGCUAAACCUGGUAAAUUUGAAGGCUACUCAGUCCAAGAUCACACAUUGUCGCGAGAUUUUUCUGUAGAUUCGUUCAUCACGACUCUGACGAGGUUAACUAGCUUGAGAGUAGUUAUCUUGGUUUCUUUGGGGGUAUGGGGUCCUCUCCCUGAUAAGAUUCACAGGUUGAAUUCUCUUGAAGUGCUCGAUUUAAGUUCGAAUUUUCUUUAUGGUUCAAUUCCCCCAAAGAUAUCUGUCAUGAAAAGGCUAGAAACACUUACUUUGGAUGGAAACUAUUUCAAUGAAACAGUUCCUGAUUGGUUCAAUUUGUUGUUGAAUCUCACUGUUUUGAGCUUGCAGAGGAAUCAAUUGAAUGGGCCAUUGCCCACAUCAAUUGGCAAGGUAAAUGCCCUUACUGAUCUUUCCAUUUCUGGAAAUCACAUUUCAGGUAAAAUCCCUGAUCUUAGUAGCUUAACCAACCUUGAGGUUUUGGAUAUAAGAGAUAAUGAACUAGAUUCUGAAAUACCCGAUAUGCCUAAGAGUUUGGUCACAAUUUUACUCAGUAAGAACUCGCUGAGUGGGGAGAUUCCUGAGGAAUUUGGUGAAUUGGAGCGACUUCAGCAUCUUGAUCUAUCUUUCAAUUUAUUGGAAGGAACUCCACCGGUGGCAGUAUUUUCAUUGCCAAACAUUAGUUAUGUGAACCUGGAAUCCAAUAUGCUCAGUGGUUCUCUUCCAAGUAGUAUAACUUGCAGUUCUCAACUUGGGUUUGUCGAUGUUUCUACCAAUAGACUUAGUGGUGAUUUGCCAUCAUGCUUGAGCUCUAGUUUGAAUAAGAGAGUCGUGAAAUUUGGUGGGAAUUGUUUGAAUAUAGAUCUCCAGUAUCAACAUGAUUCUACAUAUUGCAUGCAGGGGAAAAGUUCCAAGAUCAGAGAUAUAGGAUUGAUGAUUGCUGUUAUUGGAGGGAUUGCUGUUAUAUGUAUGUUGGUUUUGCUUGUGUUUGUGAUAUUUUGUAGAAAAAACUGUAAGCGAGCAAUUGGAGAACAACGUUUGCUUCCAAAACUGUUGCCAGAUAACUCGGCUUCAGGAUUUUCGUCUGAGAUUCUUGCGAGUGCUAGGUACAUUUCUCAAGCUGCAAAGUUAGGGACACAAGUUUUGCCUACACACCGAGUAUUUUCCCUGGAAGAACUAAAAGAAGCAACAAGAAAUUUUGAAAGGGCAUCAUACGUUGGUGAGGGAUCAAUCGGAAAGCUCUACAAGGGAAGAUUAGAUAAUGGGACUUUUGUUGCUAUAAGAUGUUUGGCAUUGUCUAAGAGAUACUCCAUCAGAAAUCUAAAGCUUCGGUUGGAUUUGCUAUCAAAGCUUCGUCAUCCAAACCUUGUUUGUCUCCUGGGCCACUGUGUUGAUGCUUCACUAGAAGAUUCUAGUGUCAACAUGGUGUUUCUCGUCUAUGAAUAUGUCUCUAAUGGAAAUCUCCGAGCUCAUUUAUCUGAUUACAGUUCACAGAAAGUUCUUAAGUGGUCUGAUAGGCUGGGAGUUCUAAUUGGCAUAGCGAAAGCAGUACAUUUCCUACAUACAGGAAUUAUUCCUGGUUUCUUCAAUAAUCGAUUGAGAACCAAUAAUAUCUUGGUUGAUGAACACUGUAUAGCAAAAGUGAGUGAUUAUGGGCUGUCAAUUAUUUCUGAAGAGAUCUACAGACACGAGGCAAAAGCUGAAGGUCAAAAAACUGUCCAAAGGAAAAAUUCAACACUGGAGACUGUAAAUUUGGAAGAUGAUGUUUAUUCUUUUGGUUUAAUCUUACUUGAAGCACUUGUUGGACCAUCGAUAUCUGAGAAGGGAGAAGCAUUUUCCUUAAAUUUAUUGGAUAAAUCAUUCAACAAACUAGAGGAGCAAAAGGGCAUCAUUGAUCCAAUCAUCCUCAGUAAUUGCUCUCAAGAAUCUCUAUCAAUCGUUAUCUCCAUGACGAGUAAAUGUUUGUCACAAGAAUCAUCUGCUAGGCCUUCAAUAGAAGAUGUGCUCUGGAACCUGCACUAUGCUGCUCAGGUUCAGGCAACAAGUGACGGCGAGCAGAGAUCAGAAAUUGGUUCACUGGCAUAACACGCAAAGAAGGAUUGAGAAGAAAAAUAGGGACGGUUACGAAGAUCGAAAUGGCCUCUUCAGGUAGGAAUUCAAGUGAAGGCAGCUCAGCUCUCUUGAAAAUCUUUUGCAGCGUCUAUUGUUCUCUGUUGGGCUGUUUUCUCUAAUUAUAUUGUCUUCCUUUCUUUUUUAUGAAGAAAGAUGGAAGUUCCUUGAUGCAAUUGUAACAUAGAUGUCAUUGUUUUUGGGUACAAUAAUAGAUUCCUUUCCUGGCCUUUUCAUAGCUUUGCUUGGGAAGGAAUUUGUUAAUGCGAAAUUUAUUAGGUAUUUUUUAUAAGAUCUCUUUGGCUAUUUUGAUCU